AUGAAAGUUCUUCUUACCGGAGGCAGCGGCUUCAUUGGGAAGCACUGUCUAUCAGCCCUACUCCAACAUGGCCAUACAGUCGUGACCACUGUACGCAGCGAUAUGAAGGGGAGAGAAUGCCUGGAAAGCUUUCCCGAGUUUGCCAAUAACCUCUCGUACGCUAUAGUUGAGGACAUGGCGCGUUCGGGAGCCUUCGACAAGGCUGUUCAGUCGGAACCUCCAUUUGAAGCUGUAGUACACACGGCUAGCCCCUUUCAUUAUCAUGCAGCAGACCGAAAGCGGGACAUGAUUGAUCCCGCCAUCAUGGGAACCACGGAAAUUCUUCGAUCUGUCAAGCGAUGGGCUCCCUCCGUCAAACGAGUCGUCAUUACCUCCUCCUUUGCUGCCGUCGUGAACCUUCAGGAAGCGAUACCUAGAUACACCGCGGACUAUUGGAACCCUAUCACAAUGGAGCAGGCCUUGACGAAUGGUCAGCUAGCAUACGUGGGGAGCAAGAAAUUUGCCGAGAAAGCUGCGUGGGACUUUAUCGAAACUGAAAAGCCGGGGUUCACUCUUUCCACCAUCAAUCCCGUUAUGGUGUUUGGACCCGCCACAUUUCGUUUGGACUCCCUUGAAAACGUCAACACCUCCAACGCCGUAUUUAGCGAUAUGAUACUGGGCAAGAUGAAAUCUGGCAUUCCCCCUCGUUCGUUCCAGUGGGUAGACGUCAGGGAUGUUGCGCUCGCUCACGUUCGCGCAAUAGAAGUCCCAGAAGCAGCUGGCCAACGGUUUCUUGCUGCCGCCGGACCAUAUAGCAAUUACGAAAUCGCCAAAGUGAUCAAGGAAAAUUUCCCUGAGCUGGCAGACAGACUUCCCGAGCAGAUUCCUGUUCCUGAUGGGACCCGGAGCUUCGUGAUUGACAACACGCCUAUGAAGCAGGUUCUAGGAAUACCUUUCAGGUCCUUCAAGGACUGUGUGGUGGAUACUGUAAAGUCUUUAUUAGAAGUAAAGGCCUAA